AUGAACAAUCAAGUGUUGAGUGCUGACGAUUACUUGCUUGUUAAAGUAUGUUUUCUAGCUAUUAUGCUUAUGUUAGGAUAGGGUAGGACAGGGUAGAUUAUGAUAUGGUACGGUAGGGUAUGGUAUGGUAGGGUCAACCCCAAAAAACAAAAUUCAAAAAAAAUUUAAUUUUUAGGUAACACACGUACUGAUAGACAUAGCAGCAACGAUGAUAGAGACAAUAUUACUACGGUUUCAUCCAGCUUUAUGGAGUAAAGUGACAAAACGUUUUCCAUUUUUGUCUCACAGCCCAAAAGUUGGUAAAGUAAGAGUGGCAUUAGUAGACGGAACUCAUGUAUACUUCCAACAACUUCAGGAUUCUUGGAAAUGA